AUGAUACGUGAUCACAUUGUAUUUGGUGUACGUUCCCACCAGAUAAGAGAGAAACUCAUCAAUGAAGGAUCAAACUUGACACUUGAAAAAUGUAUUGACUUGUCUCGCACUUAUGCAUUAAGUCAGACACAGCUAAGGGAUAUAAGCGGCCAAGCCCAAUCCAUCAAUGCAGUCAAGAAAUCCUCAGCAGCAACAGCAGCAGCACCAUUUAAGCAGUUUCGGACGCAAAUCAGGAAGACAGAUGGCAUUGAGCAUGACAGCACAACAAAUCAAGCAUUUGCUAAGGUCAAAGUUUGCUCAACAGAACUUAAUAUGAAAAUUGAUACAGGAGCUCAGGUCAAUGUUCUCCCAAGGUCAAUAUUCAGAUCAUUAGGCAAAUUAGGUCCUGUACUUCCAACACAAAAGCUAUUAACCGUAUACAAUGGUCAUCCUCUCAAAGUCGAUGGCUUGGCUAUCACAAAGGAGCAAGUGCUCAGUACUUACUCAGAUGUUUUUAACGGAAUAGGAAAAUUGCCAGGGGAAUUUGAAAUACAGUUGCAUGGCAAUGUCACACCGGUAGUUCACCCUCCACGCAGAGUUCCUAUUGCCAUUCGUGACAAACUUAAAAUAGAACUUGACAGAAUGGAAAGUUUAGGUAUUAUUAAGAAAGUCACAGAACCUACAGAUUGGGUGAAUAGUCUAGUUGUAGUAGAAAAACCUAAUGGCUCUUUACGGUUAUGCUUAGAUCCGAAAGAUCUUAACAAUGCCAUCAAAAGACCUCAUUACCCUAAUAGGACUAUCGACGACAUAUUGCCCGACUUGUCAAAUGCUACUGUGUUUUCAAAAUUAGAUGCAUGUAGUGGUUAUUGGUCUAUCCAACUAACAGAAAAGUCAUCUUACUUGACAACUUUUAACAGUUGUUUUGCAAGAUACAGAUUCCUAAGACUCCCAUAUGGCCUAAAGAAUGCAAAUGAUGCAUUUUGUGCAAAAAUGGAACAGUGUCUGGAAAAUUUGCCAGGAGUAAGACGACAUUGUUGA